CUGGGGUUCUCACUGUCAGGUAAUGAGGAGCUGUGGGCCCAGUCAGUCUUGGAGAUGCCGAAGAGACGAGACAUCCUGGCUAUCGUGCUGAUAGUUCUGCCCUGGACACUACUAAUCACCGUCUGGCACCAGAGCACCAUUGCUCCACUGCUUGCAGUGCACAAGGAUGAUGGUGGUGACUCCCAGCGUGAUCUCGCUGCAGGCUUGGACUCCAAGGAAUACUGCCUGUCGGAGCGGGACAUAGUGGAGGUGGUGAGGACAGAGUACGUUUACACCCGCCCGCCCCCAUGGUCGGACACCCUGCCCACCAUCCACGUCAUCACCCCCACCUACAGCCGGCCGGUGCAGAAGGCAGAGCUGACCCGCUUGGCCAACACCCUCCUGCACGUCCCCAACCUGCACUGGAUCCUGGUGGAGGACUCCCAGCGCCGCACACCCCUCAUCACCCGCCUGCUGCGGGACACGGGGCUCAACUACACCCACCUCAACGUGGAGACCCCGCGCAACUACAAGCUGCGGGGGGACAUGCGGGACCCCCGCAUCCCCCGCGGGACCAUGCAGAGGAACCUGGCCCUCCGGUGGCUGCGGGAGACCUUCCACAAGAACAGCAGCCAGCCGGGCAUCGUGUACUUCGCUGAUGAUGACAACACCUACAGCCUGGAGCUCUUUGAGGAGAUGCGCAGCACCAGGAAGGUGUCGGUGUGGCCGGUGGCCUUUGUCGGGGGGCUGCGCUACGAGUCCCCCCGCGUGAACGCCGCGGGCAAGGUCUAUGGCUGGAAGACAGUGUUCGACCCGCACCGGCCCUUCGCCAUAGACAUGGCCGGCUUCGCUGUGAACCUCAGGCUCAUCCUCCACAGACCUCAGGCCUACUUCAAGCUGCGAGGAGUCAAGGGGGGGUACCAGGAGAGCAGCCUGCUCCGGGAGCUCGUCACCCUCAACGACCUGGAGCCCAAAGCUGCCAACUGCACUAAGAUCCUGGUCUGGCACACAAGGACAGAGAAACCUGUGCUGGUGAAUGAGGGGAAGAAAGGAUUCACAGAUCCCAACGUGGAAAUCUGACUGCGUGGCUGGACGGAGACCAACAGGAGAUCUCUUCAUGCACAGCCUGCAAAGUUCCUCUCUACAGCAUCCAAGCAGCCGGACGUGCAGGAGCCAGGACCUCUGCUGACUUGCAGGAGCUCUCAGUGUACUGCAAACAAGCACCACUGCAUCCAUAGACUGCCCAGGUUCCCCUGCCCUUCCUCCUGGACUCUGAGCACAACCAGACACUGGAGGUGGAGAAAAAGCACACAAAACACAGGACUGCCAUCAUCGUUGGUACCAGAGCAGCUGCCUUGUGAGCGAUGCUGGGUUUGGGAGCAGUGGACACAGGGCAGGAUGCACUGAGGACGUGGCACCGCUGGGAUGGUGGGUUAGACUGAAGGGGCUGUUCCACAGGACCUGAAGGCAAGGGUGAGGAUGGCCACAGGAGUGUGCUGGCCCCUGGUGACUUGUUUCUGAGACACGUGUACCUUGUGGCUGCUCAUGGAGGGGACAGCCACAUUCCGAGAUGACCCCUUAGCCCUUCAUUUACUUUAAUCAGUGCUCAUUACGCUGCACAGGACAGGAAGGGUUUGGGGAGGUGAAAAGCAAGGCAGGUUAGAACAGGCCCAGCCAGUAUCUCUAUUCUCUUUGUAUUCCCUCUCCUUUCCCUUCAUUAGUUUCAUGGCAGGAUCCCCUCCCUGAGCUGCUGCUCCAUGGUUGUUCCUGGAUGGAUUUAUGGUUACAGCAUGUGGUUCUCUCUUCAUCCAUUGCCAAAGCAAUUGGGAGUGGGUUUUAACCAGAGUGUUGUGGCCACACACUAUAAUCCCUGAUCCGGUCUCAAAUCCUGGUUCACGUGAGCAUUGGGUGUGGGAUUCUCUGAAGGAUGCUCUUCCCUAAAGCCUAAUUCCCACCCUUAAAAAAUGUUAACUGCUUAAAAUGAGGGGUUUAAUGAUACAAGCUGAUUUUAGUGCAUUCUGGGAUGUAUGCUCCAGCCCCUUGUUCAGAGCCAGGCCUCAGUACUGCAGAGCUGCUGGAGCAGUUCCAGAGGGAACUGGUGACAGAGCAGCACCCUUGUAAAGGGGUCCUGUGCUGAGUGCUCUUCAGUGCCUGGCUCCAGGUGGGUUCAUAAACUAUCUCUGUAAACCACAAGUCACCUCUAGUGUGUUCUGGACAUCAGAGGACCCGAGAUGGCACUGAUGGGAGUGUGGUCUCUGAGGAAACAGACACAGGACUGAGCGAUGCAAGAGGAACCAGGUCCUGCUACCUUGGUUAGCCCUGAGUUUGAUGCCCCUGCUGAGGAACACACAGAGGUACAACACCUCCCUUCUCCCCAUUAGCAACACCCAGAACUUACCUCCCCCUUCAUGCUGUAGUUAAACCUUUGAUCAACCCUUCCCACCAUGGUCCCAAGUCCUUCAGAAAGGUCGGAAGCACAAUUUUACCUUUGAAUUGAGGGGAAAAGUAACCCUGCAAACGUUGUGUAUCCUCAGAUCUCAAACAAUCUAUUUUUGGUAAGGUAUUUUCUCCCACUGUGUAUCCAUCCCUUGGGAAGAGUGGCAUUCCCAGCUCCCAGUCCCAAAGCCUUACAGAAACGCUCCUUUAGGUGCACUGGCUGAAGAGCUACUUGGCUAGAGAGCUGCUCUAUGGGAAUGGGGGGUGUUCUAUUAAAGCAGUAGCAGAUUGACUCUGUUAUUGCCUGCAGUGCAAAGAGACACUUGGAAAAGGACUGCAACGAGUGUUCAUGCCAUUGGAACCGUUUCCAAGUGCUGUGCCCUCUCCCAGCUGCAUGUUUGGUUCCACUCCUGUUAAUUCCAGUCCCUGCUGAGUUGCAACCUUCCCUCCUUGGAAGGGAAUCGCUUCCAGAGGAAGGGAAAGGCUCAAGUCCUGAACACAACCAGACGUGCUCCACUGUCCUCCAAGCUGGGCCCUUCCAACGGGCACAGGGGCCAGCAGUGGUGCUGGGGAGCAGAGCUGUGUGUUGGGUGAGAGCAGGGUGGAUGGAGGGUGUUCCAGCUGCACUGUCCUCAGUUUGAAACAAACUGUAUUGACCUUUGUUAAUAAAAUGAUGGUUUCUAA